AAAUUAUCUCAUUGAAUGUUUUUUUUUCCUCAGUGGAAGGCCGUUAGCCACUGUGUUCGCGCCCACCUGUUUUGGGGUAUCGCUACAGGGGAUAUACAACCCGGAGCUUACACCUGUCUCUCAACUCAACAUUCAGAUCUCUCACAAGCUGAAUUGACUCAACAUCCGAGCACAUACGACCAUAUCCAUUCGAAAAUACGGGAUCCCGUCCGCUCUCCCAGAGUCAAGCGAAUGAGAGGCAGAUUAGUAGUCAGGUGGGUGACCACUGGCGAACACCGGCUGUUGUAUGUUUCUUCUACUUUUUUUGCUUUUUUUUAUCCCUAUAUAUGAAGGAACAGGUGUAGCCUUUUGUCUCAUUAUCAUCUCUUUGGGUUAUUGUUGUAUGGACAGUAGAGCCUCAAGUUUGGACAUGUUCUCAUAGUUGCUGAACUACUAAGCUGCUAGAUAGGGUGGAUUCCUCCAGCAUACAUGUUUCUCUUCUUCCCUUACACAC